CCUAUAUUACACGAUUUCAUCCCUUCAAACUCUUCUCUAAACAAUCCGUAUUUGAAAAAAGACCUCACGAAGCACCUAUUUGCUUUUUUCUAAGCCCAAGCAUAAUAUCAUAUAUCUAAGACAUUAUAAUUACCUAUUCAUCUCGCUCUAAGUCCUAACUAUUCUCACCUUUCAGCUGAACAGCCCCACCAUCCCGCGCACUGCGUCAUCGUAAAGCCCAACCAGCAAUGCUGUCUUCCUUCUGGAAAACAUCACCAGCAGUAAACUCCAAAAUGUCCCCUGGCCCCCCAACCAAUGAUAAAACCGACCCGCCGGCUCCCCUCGUGAGUUCGUGGCGCGCCCGUGCCGACGCCGGUGAGUCGGUAGCCGUGGUCCGCGUGCGGAGCCUACGAAGCUCUAUCCCCAUCGGCCGAGAUGCUUGGGGCCGCUCCGGCAAGUUGCAGCCGGUGCUUCUCUCAUCCGAGGUGUCGUUCGCGGACCCAUUCUCCGUGAAUGAGUCUUCGUCGGGGAACACUGAUAAGCUUGACUCCGGCACCGUGCACUAUGGCAACUUGAGCAAGACGCUACUCGGCAGUCUCGAGCUUUUGGGGUCUAAAUCCGACGCUGCGGAAACAGCGGCGGCCGCGGUAGCCGCUACGGGCUGUGAAGCUGAGGUCACUACCCCGCGAACCGCUGAUGUCUUGGAGUUGCUGUGGGUGCGCAUGACAGGGCGCGUGGUAGAUGGGAGCCGUGUAGCUCUGCCGCUGGAUCAGCUACCGUUCCUGCAUGCAGCGCGCCUGCGCUCGCUCACACUUACCGUAGAGCUGCCCAAGGCGUCUCUUCUCGGCGCCGGUGUCAGCCUAACGACAACGGCAUGUUUUAGAGAAGAUAUGCCAAAAGAAGAUGAUAAAGAGAAGAGCGAUACUAACAAGAACCCCCUGCGGUCGUACUCGCGCACUCUGCGGAUCCAGGGGCUGCAUAUUCCCACGUUAAUUGGCGUCAACCCGAACGAGCGCAAGGCCAAGCAGAUGCUCAUCGCGGACGUUGAAAUCGACAGGUUCGACGUCGCGGAGGAUAUACAUACUGAACUAGAGAGUAUUAUUGUAGAGACAAUGGAAUCAUCAUCGUUCGAGACGCUAGAGGCACUUGCUUCCCACAUCGCCAAUAAGAUAUUAUCCGACUUCAGGAUCAACGAGGACCCGAAGCCCAUGAAGGAGCGAGGGUGGCGGGUCAAGGUCUGCUUGGAGAAGCCGAUUGCGAUACCUACGGCGGAAUUCCCUGCUGUGGAAGUCACUAUGGGGUCAUGAUUCUAUUGCCUAGGGGACAAGGGAUAUGCUGUUUAGAUGAAAUGUUGGCAUUUGUAGCAUAUGGACAUACUGCUAAACAACGGGUAUUUUGGAUGAGUUAUACCUGUUGGAAUUUCCGAACGUGGUCUUAGAUUAGGAUAGUAUUGCCUCAUUAGUAGGACUUCGACUAUCCCUACCAAGAAAAGAUUCGGGGCUUCGAGUACAUCGAAUUUGGAGUUCAAAUUACUAUUAGAUAGGUAUGUACUAAAGCAACCUACAAUUGUUCUAGAUUAGGGACAUUUAACGAGAAGCUGCAUAAAAUGGUAAAUCUCCCAGUCGUUUGAAUCGUGCCGUCCUAUGAUCCGAAGCGGGUAUCAACUGCUAGAGGGGCAUGGAUUUUCUAGAAAGUCGGUAUAGAAGCUGCUAUGUAUGUGACGGAAUAUGGCAUAAUCCACAACUACGCGUGUGGGAAUGACAGAAUUCCGUUGAAUUACUACCAUGUGAUUAAUCAGAUAGGGCUGCCUUAGUCUCAGAUCUAGAUCUCUUAUACGCGGCCCCUGGCAGUAGUGAAGCUACACAAUAUGAUGUGACGUGGCCUUAUGUUACUAAGAUAGCUGGUAUUUCCAGUACGAGGCCCAAUAUCGUGAAUAUCAUAUC